GUCCACCUCCCCCUCGUCUCCUCUCACCAUCCCAGUCGUGAGGUUAUUUACAUGUCCGACCUGACCGCUUUAUGACAAUGGAUUACUUUCUGCUUUUAUGCAGCUUCUUGCUGUCUGUGGUGUCCGCGGUGGAAGAGACGUUGAUGGACACAAAGUGGGCCACUACAGAAUUAGCAUGGACUGCGCACCCUGAGACUGGGUGGGAAGAGGUGAGCGGCUAUGAUGACCUCAUGAACCCCAUCCGGACGUACCAAGUCUGCAAUGUACGAGAGCUCAAUCAAAAUAACUGGCUACGAAGUGACUUCAUCCCGCGUAAAGAUGUACUGCGUGUGUAUGUAGAGAUGAAAUUCACAGUGCGUGACUGCAACAGCAUUCCCAACAUACCAGGUUCCUGCAAAGAAACAUUCAACCUUUUCUACUAUGAGUCUGACUCAGAUUCAGCAACAGCCACAAGCCCUUUCUGGAUGGAGAACCCAUAUGUGAAGGUGGACACAAUUGCCCCAGAUGAAAGCUUCUCCAUGCUCGAGACUGGACGAGUAAACACAAAGGUCCGGAGUUUUGGGCCACUGUCCAAAGCCGGGUUUUACCUGGCCUUUCAGGACCUCGGUGCUUGCAUGUCCCUCAUCUCAGUAAGAGUGUUUUACAAGAAGUGCUCCACCACAAUUGCCAACUUUGCAAUUUUCCCAGAAACAGCAACAGGAGCCGAGGCAACUUCCUUGGUAAUUGCCCCAGGUACUUGUGUGCCCAACGCCUUAGAGGUGUCUGUGCCAUUGAAGCUUUACUGCAACGGGGAUGGAGAAUGGAUGGUUCCUGUAGGAGCUUGCACAUGUGCAGCUGGGUUUGAACCAACCAUGAAGGAUACUCAGUGUCAAGCUUGUAGCCCCGGCACAUUCAAGUCCAAACAAGGAGAGGAUGCCUGUUAUCCAUGUCCACCCAACAGCCGAGCAGCCUCUGGAGCAGCUAGUGUUUGCUCCUGUCGAAAUGGUUAUUAUCGCUCAGACACCGAUUCUGCCGAUUCCCCCUGCACAACUGUUCCAUCUGCACCACGCAGUGUCAUCUCCAGUGUUAACGAAACUUCACUGGUACUGGAAUGGAGUGAGCCUCGUGACCUGGGUGGCCGUGAAGAUAUCUUGUAUAAUGUAAUCUGUAAGAAGUGCCUUCCUGAGCGAGGAAUGUGCUCGCGCUGUGAUGACAAUGUGGACAUUGCCCCACGUCACCUUGGCCUAACACUGCGCCGCGUGAUGGUCCGUAAUCUGCAAGCCCACACACAGUACAGUUUUGAGAUCCAGGCAGUCAAUGGAGUUUCCAGCAAGAGCCCCUAUGCACCUCAGCUAUCUGCAGUGAACAUCACCACAAACCAAGCUGCUCCAUCUGCAGUGCCCACAGUCCACCUCAUGGCAGCCACAGCAAGCACUAUGAGCCUGUCCUGGCUUCCUCCAGAGAAACCUAAUGGAAUCAUUCUGGAUUAUGAGAUUAAGUACCAUGAGAAGGAUCAGGGUGAGGCCAUUGCUCAUACUAUGACUGCCCAAAGGAGCAACGCCCGCAUCGAAGGUCUUAAGGCUGGUACACCUUAUGUGGUACAAGUCCGUGCCCGAACAGUGGCUGGUUAUGGGCGUUACAGCAGCCCAACAGACUUCAGCACCAACCUGCAAACUGAUCCUCCAAAGUCAUGGCAGGAGCAGCUUCCACUCAUCGUUGGAUCAAUCACAGCCAUCUUGGUCUUCAUCAUAGCAGUUGUGGUCAUCGCUAUUGUUUGCCUCAGAAAACAGAGAAAUGGUUCAGAGUCAGAGUACACAGAGAAACUGCAGCAGUACAAAUCCCCAAUAGUAACGCCAGGAAUGAAGGUCUACAUUGAUCCGUUCACCUAUGAGGACCCCAAUGAAGCAGUGCGCGAGUUUGCCAAGGAGAUUGACGUGUCCUGCGUGAAGAUCGAGGAAGUCAUUGGCGCAGGUAACCCACCAAAGCUCCUGAGCUACAGGGGGAAGACUGCUAGUCACCUCCAGGCCAUACCAUUAGAGGACUUCACACCAAGCGGAGAAUUUGGGGAGGUGUGCCGGGGUCGCCUGAAGCUACCUGGGCGCCGGGAGAUCAUUGUGGCUAUCAAGACUCUUAAGGUGGGCUACACUGACCGGCAGAGGCGAGACUUCCUGUCCGAAGCUUCCAUCAUGGGCCAGUUUGACCACCCAAAUAUUAUUCGUCUGGAAGGAGUGGUCACUAAAAGUCGGCCGGUGAUGAUUGUGACCGAGUUCAUGGAAAACGGUGCCCUGGACUCUUUUCUAAGGCUCAAUGACGGACAGUUCACAGUGAUCCAGCUGGUUGGCAUGUUACGUGGCAUUGCAGCAGGCAUGAAGUACCUGUCAGAUAUGAACUAUGUGCACAGAGACCUUGCUGCCCGCAACAUCUUGGUUAACAGUAAUCUAGUGUGUAAGGUGUCUGACUUUGGGCUAUCUCGAUUCCUUGAAGAUGACCCUACAGAUCCUACAUAUACCAGCUCACUGGGAGGAAAAAUCCCCAUUCGCUGGACGGCCCCCGAGGCUAUUGCCUACAGGAAGUUCACCUCAGCUAGUGAUGUGUGGAGCUACGGCAUCGUCAUGUGGGAAGUAAUGUCGUAUGGCGAGCGGCCAUAUUGGGACAUGAGCAAUCAAGAUGUGAUAAAUGCUGUAGAGCAGGACUAUAGACUGCCCCCACCCAUGGACUGCCCCACAGCUCUACACCAACUCAUGCUGGACUGCUGGGUGAAGGAGAGGAACUUGCGACCCAAAUUUACUCAGAUCGUGGCCACACUGGAUAAGCUCAUCCGGAAUGCUGCCAGCCUCAAGGUGGUCACCAACAGCACACAGUCCACUGGGGUAUCCCAGCCAUUGCUUGAUCGCAGUGUGCCAGACUAUACCACUUUCACCACUGUGGGGGACUGGUUGGAUGCCAUCAAGAUGAGCCGCUACCGUGACAACUUUGUCAACGCUGGAUUUGCAUCCUUUGACCUGGUGGCCCAGAUGACAGCAGAGGACUUGCUGCGAAUAGGGGUGACGUUGGCUGGUCAUCAGAAGAAGAUUCUCGGUAGCAUUCAGGACAUGAGACUACAGAUGAACCAAACACUUCCUGUGCAGGUGUGAGAAGGAGGACACUCAUAUGGAUGCAGUCAAAGGACAGCCAGACAGGAAACGGGGGGAAAAAACUGUGCCAGAGUGGGCCAAUUGAAAACCCAAGCUGCCUGACCCAUAUCUGCCAACAAGACACUCAAAACUGGCUUGCAGUGCCUCAGAAUAUAUUUUUAUUGAUUUCAAUGCCACAUACAUUUCCU